AUGUGGCUGGAUGACAGAAGGGAGACGAUCCUGAAGUCAACAGAUGAGAAGCCGGACAGAGGACAGAGUAAUGCACUGACGACUGAGUGUGCCCAGAUGAGCAGGAACGCGGGUGUGGCCUUUAAGAAGAGGUCGGGACAGGUCACUUCUCAGAAGUUCCACAUGGGCUCAUCCAAGCGAGUGUCGUACUGGACAGUGGAGGAGGUGUACCACUGGGUGAAGAAGCAGUAUCUGGGUGAGCAGAGCGCUCUGCAGCAGGCCGUGCUCAUCCAUGCCAUCUCAGGUCGUGCCCUUCUGAGGAUGAGCGAGCACCAGCUGGACCGGCUGGGCAUAGAACCGGAGUCGCAGCCGGAGAUUCUGCAGGAUCUCCUGCUCCUCAGGGUCCAAGAGGAACUUGAGAACCUCAACGACAUCUUCUCAGAAUGUUUCUCAUCAUGACCCAAACAGACUGCGGGGGAAUGUGUGUGGACUACAGUAUGCUUAUUCGCUCGACAUCUGCUGAAGAUGGACUGGACAAGGAGCCUGUGCAGGAUGGACCAGAACGGACAAAACUAAACUGGUCAUGGCACUGUUCGAUCCACUAUGGCUAAAUUAAGCCGUCCAUUACAAAGAUUUUAUGUGCAGUAUAUCUGGCCAGCACCGGGUAUACAGAUGUAAAAAAGAUUCAAACACUCAAAACGUUUUUUUAAACCCAAUCCGUGUCAAAUAGAUCUCAGUAGAUCAGCUGUAGAUCAUUUUAAAACAUUUUUAGAGUGAGAAGCCAAAGGGGGCACUAAAGUAUCACCCAGUUAUAAUAUUAGAUUAGAUUAUCACCAAAUAAUUUGAUAUUAGAUCGGCUAAAUGAUGCAGUUGAAUCCUGUGUAUACAGUAAUUCAGGUCUAACAGUGACAUACUGUAGCCUACCCUCAGAAGACCUGAUGACAAAAUCAAAAUGGCUGCACUCGAUCUCAGGUCUAAGUAGACCACAUAGGACCAUCUCCUAGGUCUAUUUUCAAGGUCUGUCACUCAAUUGAUUCAUUAAUUAAUUAUAUUUGUAUUCAUUAUAUGAUUUGUUAUACAUUCAUAUAAUGAGGCACGAACCACAGACUUGAUCAGCUUCUCAAAUCUAAUGCCUAAAGUUACAAAAGCACCCAAGACUCUUUACCACAAGACUCCACAACAGGCUGUUGCAAGGAGGGAGUUGACCAAAUAUGCUGUGCUAAUGCCACACAAGCAUUUACGCAACGCAACGCAACACAAGGUCAUUUGUUGUCUCUGGAGAGUCAUAACCAAAGAUUAUUUUCGUAGUAAGAGACGGUAUGCAAUAUAUUUUCAUCAAUGUUAUAGCUUAACCUAGUUGCAUUUAUGUUCUUCUUUAUUUAUUCAAAUUGUUGUUUGUAGAAUUGUCUCAUCAUAACCAGAUUGACCCCUUCUUGUUAUGAUCAAUUAUUUAAAAAAGAUCUGUGAUCCAAACUAAAGAAAUGAAAAGAUAUGUGCAUCGUAGCAGAGCAGAGCAGAGCAAGUGGCACGCUGUCGACCAAAUUAGUAUAGAGAGAAUCUGAGCCUAGUUCAAAGGAAAGCGGGGCAUAAACAAAAAGAAACGCGAGCACUAAAUCUGUUUAUGUUUUAAAUCCUUUCCGCUUGAAGCAAUCCUCUCUCUGGCGGUGGGCUUUGGCCCAUGAUCCUGCCGUGCUGUUUCUGCACUACACCUCACGGAAAUCCUCACAUUUCAGAAGCCCUCUCAUGUUGAUUAGGCUACCUGGCCAACACACUUAAAGAAAACUCCACAUUGUUUACAUGUCAGAAAAGUAUGAAUAAUGUAACCUCUACCGGAAAGUGAGGUCUGUGAUGACGGUAAUGUUUAUUCAUUAGAUAGAGGAUUCUGCAUUUAUUACACUGCCAAGAGACCUGUUAUUUGUACGGGGAUGUGCCGGUGAAACAAAUGGGGUUCUAAUUUGGUUGACAUGCUAUGCGCAAUGCAAAGCAUUAAUAGCAAUAUGCACAAAGUAAUGCUACUUUAAUUUGUUAAUUUAACCACGCAACACCACACCACACAUGCAAGAACCAAUGGGUCAGCACAGGAAGGUCUCUAGAAGGUCUCUAGAAGUUCUCUGUACAUGUAUUUGUUUAAACUGACCCUGUCCAUGCAACUUAUAAAAAAUCACUGAUGACAAACUCUCAUUUAAAUAAAAUUCAACAUCCGUCAUGUUUCUCUCAAUAUGAAAGAAAAUAUUUGAAAUCACUGGACUGAUUUCUGCAUCAGUGUGCCAUAAAUGGACAGAUAUGGAGUCACAGCCUGAUCGCACUGUGUGGUUAACAUUGCAUAGUAGCUGUGUGCACUGCACCCUGUGGAAACAAAUGAGUGCCCAUGCUGUGUGACCUAAUGACCUUUGCAGACUCUCAGGGAUGCAACAGGCCCAUGUGAAAGAGUAUGAAAUGUUGCAAACUGUAUGCAUAGAAGUACUAGUUUACCCAAGUCAUAUGUUUAAUGUUCAUGUGUAACUAUGUUUUGUAUUUGUAUAAUGAUAACUUGUAAAAUCAAACACAAGUUAUAGUAAUUGCUGUAUCCUAAAUAAAAUACAUACUGUAUGUA